AUGAGUCACUGUGACCAAGAGACUUUAAAUGUGGAACAAACGGAAUUCACAGUUGGUGAUGUUGUAUAUGUUGGUCCUGGGACCCAGCGGAUAGGUAAAAUAGAAUUCAUCGGAGAGACGCAGUUUGCCAGCGGAGUGUGGAUUGGUGUGAAUUUAUUUUCACCUUGUGGAAAGAAUGAUGGUUGUGUCGAUGGUGUGACGUAUUUCACUUGUAGUCCAUUGCAUGGAAUAUUUUCUAAGCGUGGUAAUGUCAGACUUGCGCCAAACCCUCUACCUGAGGAAUCCUGCUCAAAAGUUGGUUCAACAAUUCCUGAUAAAGUGCCAGACAAUCAAUCAAAACAAAACAGCGUUUUAGAUGUCGAUAGUGUCUGUUCAUCCAAGGUGUCUCUAGUGAACUCUCCUGCCUGUGCAUCUGGACGAAAUACUUUGCAAAUCGGUGAUCAUGUUCAGGUUUCUGGAGGUCGAAUUGGUAUCCUCAGAUAUCUUGGGCCUACAGAGUUUGCUGUUGGUGAAUGGGCUGGUGUUGAGUUGGAUAGCCCUAUUGGGAAGAACGAUGGCUCAGUUUCUGGCGUACGAUAUUUUACUUGUAAACCAAAUCAUGGCUUGUUUGCAGCCGCUAAUAAAGUUGUACCUGCCGGUAGUAAGGCUGAAUUUUUCACAUCUGGUUUUGAUGCAUCAAAAAACAGUCAAACUCGCCGGAGUCAAGAAUCGUUACUAUCCUAUUCAUCCAAUUUGAGUUCAGUAUCUCGCUCUUAUCGUCUAAAUCAAGUUAAUAAUGGAUUACAGAGUCGUAAUGGUGUAGCUGGUAAUCGAAGACCGAUAUCAUCAAUGAACACUCCAAAUCGUCGAGAAUCUACAUCUAAUUUACAAACACUACAGCGUUUAGUCAAGGAAAAAGAAGCACAUAUCGAGAAACUUUUACAAGAACGUGAAAUGGAACGUUCUGACUUAGCUAAAGUUACUUUAGAAAGAGAAAUGGCUCAAGCUGAAACAUUGAAUCAGCAAGCUGUGAUACAACAAUUGAACCAACAAUUGGAAAAUAUGGAAGCUGUUCUUCAACAUUUACGCGAUGAACAUGAGCAAACAACAAUUAAGCUACAUGAAGAACGAAAAAAUCUUGAAGAUUUACAAUUUCGAAUAGAAGAAGAAAACAUUGACAAGAGCACGACUGAAUCACAGAAUGCAGACGAUGAAUCGAAAAUAUUUGAACUGGAAGAAGCUUUAAUGUCAGCUCGUGAAACGAAUGAACGUAUGGAAUUAGAAUUAAAUAAAUUACGAGUAGAAUUAAAUGAUCUUUUACAAAAACAAACGAAUGUGUCAAAUCAAAGUGAUGAAAACAAAUCUCAAAUUCAGGGAAAACCAUCUCUCCAAUUCACUGGGCUUGUAUCUGAGACAUCUAUUACUCCAACUGAAAACGAAGGCGAGUCUUUCCAAAAUGAAUGUGAACGGUUGCGUAAUUUGUUGGCUGAGCGUCAGGCUGAAGCAGAAAUUAUGCUAAAGCAUCAAGCUGAAACAAUUGAGUCAUUAACGGUUGAGUUUAAUGGACAAGUUGAAAAACUAAAUUGUCAGUUGCAGAACUCUUCAAAUGAAAUUCAAGCAUUCAAAAACGAGAAUAAUUUACUGAAACAACAGAAUAAUGAAUUAGUCCUAAGUUUAAAGAGUCAAAUUGAUCAAUUAAAUAAACAACUGACAGAACAAGAAAAAAUUGCUAAUGAAAAGUUAUCCAUGUUUGAAAAUCGGAUUAAAGAGUUGAAUCAUUUAUUAGAAGCAGAGAAAACUAAAUCAACUUCAUCUUCUAAUCAGUCCCAGAUGACCAGUGAAAAUUUGAACAAACUAAAAGACCAACAAAAUAAAACUAUGCAAGAGUUAACUGAUUAUCAGAAUAAUGUUUUAUCGGCUGCCGAAUCAUUUCAUUCUGUACAAAUAGAAGAAGUGAAUAAUUUACAAUUAAUCAACAAAAUCAAUAAUGAUGAUGUUGAUACUGUUACUAAUCAAGAGACUAUUCAGUUAUUAUUGGAAAAACUUAAAGUACAAGAAGAACUAUUCAAUGAACAAAAAGAGCAAUUGCUUAAUAUUCAACUACAAACUAUAGCACUGAAUCAAGAUAAAGUGAAUUCUAACAAUAAACUUAAUGAGGUUGAAAAUUAUUUAAAUAAAUUAAAAAUAGAAUUGAAUGAAUCUAGAAUAAAACAAGAAGAAUUACUUACUGAAUUAAAUAGUGCCCAUUUGAAACGUGAUCAAUUAGUUGAAGAUAUUUCUAAAGUUCUAGGUGAUUUAUCUUUAACUGGAAAUGCAGAGAAUUUAUCAACAAUUUUAUGUAACCGUAUUAAUGAUUUAAAAGAACAAAUAUCCGGACAGGAAAAAGUUCGUCAAGAUUUAGAAAAAUAUUGUCAAACACUAGAAAGUGAGCGUAAUGAUCUUGAGAGUGAGCUGACAAGAGUCAAUGUGACUUUGAAAAAUUCCAGUGAAAUACAAAUGGAUAAUUCAACCUUGAAAGAAGAACUUGAUAAUGCACGACAAAAGAUGUUUUCAUUAGAGAAAAGUGCUUCUAAUGCAUUUAGUCAACUUGAAAUCAAAUCGAAUGAAUUACAAACUAUUCAAUCACAGUUGGAUAAAGUUCUAAAUGAACAAAUGGAGCUUGAGAAAGUACACAACCAUACCAUAACAGCUUUAGAAUCUGAGAAACAAGUAUUGUUGGAGCGAAUUAAAGAGGCAGAAAAUCGUUUACUUGAACACCAACCAAAUUCGUCAACUGAGCUUACAAAUCAAUGUGGACAGUCUGAUAUAAACCGAUUAAUUGAAGAAAAGGCUUCAACUGAAUCACAAGUGAAUUUUCUCAAUUCCAUCAUUGUUGAUCUACAUGCUAAAAAUGCUGAACUAGAAUCUCGUGUACGAGCAAUGCUUGUCGGAACAGAUGAACAACUAGACUCUGCUGAAUUAAUUCGUUUCGGAUACCAUCAGGAUCAGAGAAUCGAUUAUAAAAUAAUUGCGUCGUAUUGUUUAUGAUAAUAAACCGUCGUGAGAUCAAGUUUAGCUGUUCUACAAGUAUUGAAAUAACUUUUUUCAGUUAUACAUACAUCUGUACACAUAAAUUUUCUAUAAAAUUAUCG